CGAGAGCCUGCUUUUGAAACCUCACUAUGUCUUGCCACAACUGCUCUGCCAACUACAGCUUGGGAUCUCUCAGAAAUCCCUGCCAUAUUCCUCUCACCUCCUCCGUGGCCCUCUGCUCUACCCAUGUGAGCUGUGGUGAUGUCGUCUGCUUGCCUACUAACUGUCAAGACCAUCCCCAGCCUCUGGACAACUGCCAGGAGACCUGCAGUGAAUCAACCAGCUGUCAGCCAGGCCACUGUGAGCCCAACAACUGUGAAACAUCUUGCUACCCUUCUACUACUUACUACGUGUCCAGACCCUGCCAAGGAACCACUUUUCUUCCUGCUGUUUCCUACGUCUCUGGCUCCUGCCUCCCCGUAUCCUUUAGACCUCUGACCUGUGUGUCCAACAGUGGCCGACCCCUGAGCCUCUUCACUUAUGGAUGCCGCCCCUUGGGUUCUUUGCCCUGUGGUCCUCAAACACUGAGCAUUGUACCCAGCAGCCUCAGACCUCUGCGUCCUGUCUUCAGUGGAUCCCAACCUCUGAACCAUGUGUACAGCACUUGCCGUCCAUCUUGCUCUGCUCUGGGAGGGCAGUGGCUUCCUUGUUCCAGUUAAUAAUCAUGCUAAGGAUCUGGGACAAAAAAUUCAAACUGUGGACUUUUGCUUCUUUCCUAGUAGUGCCCUUUCUUGCUUUUUACUCUGCCUGACGUAAUUUGUGCUCCUCCUUUCAUAUUUUUAUCUUUUCUUUUUAUCGCUCUUUGGCAUAAAAUUAUUUGAUUUACAAUGCUGUUCAUUGUCACUCAGGUGUGGGAAGAAUUUAUUUGGUUCA